AUGGCAUCAUUCUUCCCCCUCAUUUCGGAAAUUCUGCCCAUGAUUUUGCCCGCCACGGCCCAUGUCGUGCGAGCCAAGGAGUUGGAACCCGAGAAUCCUAGCGUAGACGGGCCCGUAACUGUGUGGCCUGCCGUCGUGGGCAAAUGUGACAAGAUGAGCACGACUGUCAUGACUAUUCGACCCCGAUCAAAGACACCCGUUCGACAUAAUAGUGAGCAAGAUGCCAUCAUGUAUACCGUCUCCGGAACGGGGACCCUCAUAGUAAACGAAGGCUUUGACGCUGAAUUACGGAGUCACGACAUUAGCCCCGGGGACUUUGCCUACGUGCCUGCGUGGACUGAGCAUCAGAUGGUCAAUAGUCAGGACGUGGAGCUUGUUUGCGUCGUAGUUCAUGGCGGGCCGCGCCCUGUUGGUGCCAUUCUUGCCGAUUGGGGCGGCGACGAAGUAGCACCAGCCAGCCAGGCCCAGAAGUCAUGA